GAAAAAAAUUGCGCUCAUCUCCAUUUUCUCAAUUACGACUUGAACCGAUAUGUAUCCCACUUCUGAUAACGGCCGGGGUGGCUCGCUAUCAGAAUUAUUAUUGAUUGAGAUCACUUGUGGGCGGCUGUGGGUAAUAUCGGAUUCAAGGAAUACACUGCUUAUCACUUCUCAACUCGUUAUAAUUGAUUCACAGGCUCAUGUACAACGAACAAUGCUUUAGCUACGAUCCAUAUUUCCAGAAUGACUAAUGUCAGACGCGCAUCGUACAAGAAGUCUCUUCGAACACAGCUCGUGUUCUAAUUUCGAUUUAUUAAAGUUGAUUUCUUCUUCUGAUUGCGACAUAUAGAUGAUUACUUAAGUACUUAUGCUCAAUGAAUAACCUAAUUCUACGUAAGUCAAUGUCAGAAGUCAGAAGAAGCGGGAGAUGUGUGUCAGGACCACGUCAAAUGGAGGUCUGUGGUCUCUGCCUACCCCUCUGGGUUACGGGCGUCAUUUGGACGAAGAAGAAGGUCAUUACCAAUGGAUAGAGGGUCUGGCGAUCUUAAUAUCUGUUAUAGUUGUCGUCAUAGUCACAGCAUUCAACGAUUACACGAAAGAAAGACAAUUCAGAGGGCUUCAAUCGAGGAUAGAGGGCGAGCACAAGUUCGCAGUCAUCCGUGGCGGUGAGGUGAAGCAGGUGCCUAUCAGCGAGAUCGUGGUGGGCGACAUUUGUCAGAUCAAGUAUGGAGAUCUGUUGCCUGCUGACGGUGUGCUGCUGCAGAGUAACGACCUCAAGGUCGAUGAGUCCUCGCUUACGGGAGAGUCGGACCAUGUCAAGAAAGGUGAAUCUUUUGAUCCCAUGGUGCUAUCUGGUACUCACGUUAUGGAAGGUUCUGGCAAGAUGUUGGUGACGGCUGUGGGUGUGAACUCGCAGGCCGGCAUCAUCUUGACUCUGCUGGGCGCGGCUGUCGACAAACAGGAGAAGGAAAUCAAGCAGAUGAAGAAAGAAGCUAAAAAGCAGCAGCGCAAGGGGACCCAGCGCAAGAGUCUCACCGGAGAUGAAGAUGCAACUCUGGCGGCGAGCAGCAACAGUCAUGGCGCCAACCAUCGUGAAGACAACCACGUGGCGCCCACAGACAAACCCGCUGAGACAUCGCACAAGAAGGAGAAGUCGGUGCUGCAAGCCAAGCUCACUAAACUCGCCAUACAGAUCGGUUACGCGGGUUCCACAAUCGCAGUGCUGACGGUGAUCAUCCUGGUGGUGCAGUUCUGUGUGCGCACCUUUGUCAUCGACGGCAAACCUUGGAAGGCGACUUACAUCAACAACCUGGUGAAGCAUCUCAUCAUCGGUGUGACAGUGCUGGUGGUGGCCGUGCCUGAAGGAUUACCUCUCGCUGUUACAUUGUCACUCGCAUACUCUGUUAAGAAAACGAUGAAAGACAACAACUUGGUGCGUCACUUAGACGCGUGUGAGACGAUGGGCAAUGCGACCGCGAUCUGCUCAGACAAGACUGGUACUCUCACAACCAACCGUAUGACUGUGGUCCAGUCCUACAUCUGCGAGAAGCUGUGCAAGGUCACGCCCAACUUUAGAGAUAUACCUGCGGAAGUUGGCGAGACUAUGAUCGAAGGAAUGUCUGUUAAUAGUGCCUUCACUUCUGGUGUCAUGCCGGCGGCGGAGCCCACAUCGCCUCCAAUACAGAUCGCUAACAAGACGGAGUGCGCAUUGCUCGGGUUUGUGCUCGCGCUGGGACAGAGCUACGAGGCGGUGCGCGAGCGCAACCCGGAGGAGUCCUUCACACGAAUAAACAUCCAUUAA